AUGGCUUCUUCUAACACUUACUCAAACUUCAAAUUGGCCACUGAAUUGCCAGCUUGGUCUAAGUUGCAAAAGCUUUACGACGCUCAAGGUAAGUCCUUGAAUGUUAAGGAGGAAUUCCAAAAGGACUCUGCUCGUUACAACAAGUACGCCAAGACUUUGACCAACUACGAUGGUUCUAAGAUUUUGUUCGAUUUCUCCAAGAACUUGAUCAACGAUGAAAUCUUGGCUACUUUGAUCGAAUUGGCCAAGGAGGCUAAGGUCACCGACUUGAGAGACGCUAUGUUCGCUGGUGAACAUAUUAACUUCACCGAAGACCGUGCUGUCUACCACGUCGCUCUAAGAAACAGAGCUAACAAGCCAAUGAAGGUCGAUGGUGUUGAUGUUGCCCCAGAAGUUGACGCUGUCUUGCAACACAUGAAGGAGUUCAGUGAACAAGUCCGUUCUGGUGAAUGGAAGGGUUACACCGGUAAGAAGAUCACUGACGUCGUUAACAUCGGUAUCGGUGGUUCUGACUUGGGUCCAGUUAUGGUCACCGAAGCUCUAAAGCACUACGCCGGUGUCCUAGACGUUCACUUCGUCUCUAACAUCGAUGGUACUCACAUCGCUGAAGUUUUGAAGGUUGUUGACCCAGAAACUACUUUGUUCUUGGUCGCUUCCAAGACUUUCACCACCGCUGAAACCAUCACUAACGCUAACACCGCUAAGAACUGGUUCUUGUCCAAGACCGGUAACGACCAAUCCAACAUUGCCAAGCAUUUCGCUGCUUUGUCCACUAACGAAACCGAAGUUGCUAAGUUCGGUAUCGACACCAAGAACAUGUUCGGUUUCGAAAACUGGGUCGGUGGUCGUUACUCCGUCUGGUCCGCCAUCGGUCUAUCCGUUGCUUUGUACAUCGGUUUCGACAACUUUGAAGCUUUCCUAAAGGGUGCCGAAGCUGUCGACAAGCACUUCGUUGAAACCCCACUAGAAGACAACAUCCCAUUGCUAGGUGGUCUAUUGUCUGUGUGGUACAACAACUUCUUCGGUGCUCAAACUCACUUGGUUGCUCCAUUCGACCAAUACUUGCACAGAUUCCCAGCUUACUUGCAACAAUUGUCCAUGGAAUCCAACGGUAAGUCCGUCACCAGAGGUAACGUCUUCUCCACUUACUCCACCGGUUCCAUCUUGUUCGGUGAACCAGCCACCAACGCACAACACUCCUUCUUCCAAUUGGUCCACCAAGGUACCAAGUUGAUUCCAUCUGACUUCAUCUUGGCCGCUCAAUCCCACAACCCAAUCGAAAACAACUUGCACCAAAAGAUGUUGGCUUCCAACUUCUUCGCUCAAGCUGAAGCUUUGAUGGUCGGUAAGGACGAAGCUCAAGUUAAGUCCGAAGGUGCCACUGGCGGUUUGGUCCCACACAAGAUCUUCUCCGGUAACAGACCAACCACCUCCAUCUUGGCUCAAAAGAUCACCCCAGCCGCUUUGGGUUCCUUGAUUGCCUACUACGAACACGUUACCUUCACCGAAGGUGCUAUCUGGAACAUCAACUCCUUCGACCAAUGGGGUGUUGAAUUGGGUAAGGUCUUGGCUAAGGUCAUCGGUAAGGAAUUGGACAACACCGAAAAGAUUACCGCUCACGACGCUUCUACUAACGGUUUGAUCAACCAAUUCAAGGAAUGGUUGUAA